AUGUUGCGGGUUGCACGUGCGCUGUCUGGGGCCGCUGCGGUGCGGGCUGUGCCGCGCGGGGAGGGCCCUGGGGCGCCUGCUGCUGUGGGGUCGAUGUCCAAGUUCUCGGACCCUGAGAUCGCGAGCGAGGCGGCGCUGACAGCGGCAGCGGCGGAGCAGGAGAAGGCGCUGAUUGCGUUUGGGGAGUCUAUUGUGGCGAUGCUGCCCAAGUGGGUGCCGCACGCGCUGGUGCAGCACGGCGAGCUUGUGCUCCACACGCCGGUCGACCACGUGUACGAGGUCAUCGAGUUCCUGCAGCUGCACUCGAACGCCGAGUUUACCAACGUGACGGACCUGACGGCGGUUGACUACCCCGAGCGCGAGAAGCGGUUCGAGGUGGUGUACAACCUGCUCUCCGUCAACCACAACGCGCGGAUUCGGGUCAAGACGUUUGUGGACGCGCUGACGCCCGUCCCGUCGAUUGUUCCGCUCCACAACGGUGCCAACUGGUUUGAGCGCGAGACGUGGGACAUGUACGGCAUCUUCUUUGCUGGCCAUCCGGACCUCCGCCGCAUCCUCACUGACUACGGCUUUGAGGGCUACCCGAUGCGCCGCGACUUUCCGCUCUCGGGCUACGUCGAGGUCCGCUACGACGACGAGCUCAAGCAGGUUGUGGUCGAGGACCUCGAGCUCACCCAGGAGUUCCGCAACUUUGACUUUAAGUCGCCGUUUGAGCAGAUUCCUGCCGCACCGCACGCCACGCCCAAGAUUGCGUCGUCGCACAUCACCCGCAUCUCUGCCCCGGAUGCCGCCGAGCAGAAGGAGGCCUGA